UUUUUCAGAGCUCCUCAUCGAAAAUUUCGAUUCACGUUGACGUUUCCUUUCGAGUUCAAUAAUAAUUCAAUUCCUUUUUUUAGAACAGACAAAUCAAAUAGAUAUAUCGUGGAUACAGGGACGUGUAUUACGAUGUUUUUGUUGUUUCUUUUGAUGUUACUCUUUCGCGUUUCGGGUGAGGUUUGAUAAAAUGUGGAAAACAAGUCGCAGAGAAAAUAUUGACGAUGUAGUAGAGUGAAAUUAGAUACACGUAUUAAGUUAGAUAUCUUAAACGAGUUUUAUUAGAGGAAAAUGUAAUUAAAACCAGUACAGUCCGUCAAUUAUACGUUAACAUAGGUCAGUUGACUUAACUUCAAUGUUCACAGUUAUCCGGAAAUGCAACAUUUGCUUCUGUUGUUGCCCAGCAACCACUUAGUAUGUAGCGUUGUCAAACCAAUCAAGCUAACUUUAAGUUUCUUAGCCCGAGAUCCAUCGUCUAUCUGAAGUCCUUCACCAUGUCUGGAUUUGUUUAUCCACUCGAAAGUGUCUACAGUGUUUUACCCAAUGAAGAGAUCGGAACCCAGAAACCACCACGGUAUGCUAACCGACAAAAUUAACAAUUUAUCGCAGUCCUAGCUUAACCAAUGCAUUAGCAAAAACAGGUUAGCAUGACUAGAGAGUUUUAAAAGUUGUAAAAAACGGUUGUGAUGCGUCAUAAAUGAGUUUAUUUUCAGUUUAACCCUAGAACACUAUCGCUAAAAUUACAAACACCAUCGGGUGAUUUUUACCCGAAAUAAUAAUAUACCCAAGAAAAAGUACUUGUCAUCAAAAUAGGACAAUCCAUGACAAAUUAAACUAGUUUUCUUUUAUUUUUAACUGUGCAAUGUCAAAGGGGAGGGGAAAAGGGCCAUGAGGGGACCAGAUAAAAAUGCUAAUAUAUAUUUAUAUCAUGUGAGUCUUCCCUGGUUUCAGGCUCAUUGUCUUUGGCACAAUAACAGCUGCAGGAGAAAGAACCAAAAUAUGGCAUUUGUCAAAAAUGACAUGAAAAUAAUGACAAAUAAGCUAGAGCAAAAGGGAAAAGGAAUAGCUGUUUUUUUUUUAUUUUUACAUUGGGUGAAAGUAAAGCAGCAACAUAUGUGUUAGAAUAACAAGCCUAUGCUAAGGUGCUAAAACUGCAGUUCCUCAAGUGUCCACAUGAGGAUUGGUCAAAAAGGCAAGAAAAAAGCCAACUUGUAAAAGAAAGUAAAAUAAAAGAUGUUUACAGCCUGGUUCAUUCAUGUUUUUUGGUUGAUAAGUAGCUUUCUUAUUUAUUUGUAGCACAGAGCUUUUUUCAAUUAACUAUCCAUUUUGAUUUAAUCAACAGAUCUCUUUGCUGUUGUCGCCCUUGCCUAAUUGGUCAUUUACAAUGGAUUUUAUUCACUAAUGUCUCACUAAUGUGUUUAUCUGAAGGUAUAUGUCAAAGUUCAGACCAACAGUCAUUCUUGAGCAUAAAUCCACCAAGGAUGUCGCAAGAACAAUGGGACCAGCAAAAGUAGAAAUGCCAUCCCCGGACAAAUACCUUAAGAAGCACUCAAAGGAGUCCAGAUUACCUGAAAGUGAGUCCUCCUGUCAUCUCUUUGAACUUCAUGUGUCUUUAGCGAUGGUGUUAGCUUUCACAUUCUUGUUUUAUGUUACACAGAGGCACCGGGUUUGAGAGAGACUCGUUCCUACUCUGCGAGAAAACCACCUGUUCCUGCAAGGACCGAUCAACCACUGAUGGGCCUCCAAACGAAGAGAGACUUUCUAAAGACGGCCCCAGCAGUUCCAGUGAAGCCCCGGCCUACCUGUGUGGACACCAGAAAGGGACACAAGCAGCCUCUUGAGAACUCAGGACUCCUCCCCAAGUACAUUAAGAAAAAGGUACAGACUACACACGGAGAAACAGCUAGAAAAGAAAACCCUUCUAUAAAUGUAAGACAUGUUUUAUUCACAGUGGACAUGCCUCGAGUUUCCAGUUAUUCUUUUUAGGAUUUUGGAGAAGUACCGGAGUACCUGCAGCAGCGCAACGCAGAACAGCGCAGGGCUCAGGAGGAGUUAAGAAACUUUUUGGAAGAACAGAAAGAGCAGGGAGCCAUGAAGCAGCUGUCUGAGGAGGAGCGACAGAAAAUCCUCGAGGUACACAAACACAUAACUGCGCGAUGGCAAGUCUUUUUCUCAAUCAGCGGGGGGAUUGUACAGACAUCUGGAACCAGUGGAGGAGAACAGGGAAGAACAAGAAAUUGACGAUUUCAUGUCUACGAAGUUAUUAAGAAAGCACUUUUAUUCAGUGGCUGUGAUUCUUAACCAUAUGCCCCAGGAUUGUGCGUCUUGUGUGAGCAUAGUUUGAUGAUAUUGAACACUGAGAUAAGCAGAGUUAACUGUAUUUUUGAGCUGCUACUCCAGUAUUAUAGGGCUUAAACUAAGCAUUAGUACACAAGAAGGAGUGCUGGUGUACUACAAUUCAGCACAGGUGUGAUUAAGUCUGUGGCCUCGUGCCUUUGACCAAAUCACCACCCUGGUGAUAAUCAGUCCAACAGCACAACCUAGAGUGUGAUAUUGCUUUUAUAAAACAGUUCAGCAAACAACAUUUUUUAUUAUUAGGUAGAAAAAGAAUUAUUUUUGGUUUAUUUAUUCUUUAAUUUAGCUGCACAAACACAACAAUUUCUGCAAUUUGGCUGGAAUUCUAAAGUUGUAAAGCAGCGCUUAAAAAUGUCUCCGAGCGCUGUUCUCGGAGUGGCUUCACCCAGCAAGGAGUCAACAUGUCCACUCUAUAAACAGUCUAUGUUCGUUCGUUGUGGUGCGGAGUGUGAUCCGUUCAAAUUAAACAACAACAAAAAAGCAAAGAAAUGAUGUUAACACAAUUCUACGGACAUGAAAAUAAGGACAAAUGAGCUAAAGAAAAUGGAAAAGAAUACUAGCAACAUAUGUGUUAGAAAAACAAGCCUAUGCUAAGGUGCUAAAACUGCAGUUCCUCAAGUGUCCACAUGGGGAUUGGUCGAAAAGGCAAGAACCCCCAUUUGGUGCCAUGUUAAAAUGCCAACUUUUAAUAGAAAGCAAAAUAAAAGGUGUUUACAGCCUGGUUCAUUCAUGUUUUUUGGUUGGUAAGUAGCUUUCUUAUUUAUUUCUACGCACUGAGCUUUUUUCAAUGAACUAUCCAUUUUGAUUUAAUCAACAGAUCUCUUAGCUGUUGUUGCCCUUAUCAGGGCCAAAUGUAGUGCAUCUUAUGCAGUCAAACAGCCAACAGUAGGAAAAAAGAGCUGCCUUGACUGCACAUAGAAUUCAUAAUAUAAAAUAUAUGUUAGCUUUCGGAUAACUGUUGGCUAAAUAAAAUCACCAAACUCUGAUUGUUCCUUUGGCAUUGACUUGAUAGUGACUGUGGUGGGUUUCCCUGUCUGCGUCCACUCCCCAGGGCUUGAAGAAGAACUGGGAUCUGGUGUACCACGAGUACCAGGGCAUCUCGCUCGUCAUUGACACCAUAACAAAGAAAGCCCAUAAGAUGCAGCUAGAGGAGAAGAUGGAGCAGCUGCAUAAGGAUAUCAACCUUAUCGAGAGGUUCAAGACCAUCUACAUCCCCCAAAAUUAGGACAGAAUGAACUUAUACUCAGUCAGAUGUUUUGUCCUGUCCUGUAUUUAACUGUGAGCAGAAUUUAAGUAUUUCGUUUGCAGUGUUACACUCUGUCAACAAGACAUUUGUAAUUUUGUGACUACAAGUAUUUUAACACAGGCCUCAUUUGUGAGCAGUUUGCUGUUAAUGCUCUGAAACUGUUUUGUAAACUCAACAUCACCCUGACUGAAUAAAAUUUACUGCAUGGAAACGGA